AUGCGAGUAAGCCCAUUCAAACGAUUGCGCGAGGAGACUGUGUUCGUGGCUAGGCUGGUGUUGGUAAAAGAGCCGUUACCCAAUGCGGUCAUGUUACUCCAAGACAGUGCUUUAGUCGUUAAGAAGAAGUCGGCAUCAACUCUUCUAUUAAUUGUUAAGAAGAGAUGGGUGGUCGGAAAUUUUUUCUCUUGUGAUGUUCCACCAGUCGGUGCCGUAAUAGCUAUUACGUGGAGGAACGCCAGAGCUCAAGACACUAUUGAUAUAUCUGGUUGGAACCACCACAUGGAACCAAUGGGAGGGUUUUUAGUAAAUGAGUCGGGUGGAGUCAUUAAGGGAAUGAGGUGA